AAGUGCGAGAGGAACUUCGGAUCUAAUUUAAAGGUGAAAAAAGAAAAAAAAAAAAAGAAAAAGAAAAAAGUCUAAAGGGAUAUACGUGUACUCAUUCUCCAAAUUAUAGCAUAAAGGAAGAAGAAGAAGAAGCAGAAGAGGCUUUGUGGGUGAGGGGCGAUGGAGAAGUUGGCAGGCCUGACACACCUCUUCGUGACGGUUUUGCUGGGGAGUUUCUCCGCCUUCAUAGUGGUUCCGGCCAUUACUGACGUCACCAUGUCUGCGCUCUGCCCCGGUAAAGACGAAUGCUCUCUCGCCAUUUACCUCUCUGGUUUCCAGCAAGCGAUUAUAGGACUGGGAACCGUUGUGAUGACACCUGUAAUUGGGAAUUUGUCCGAUGAAUAUGGAAGGAAGGCUCUGCUCACAAUUCCAAUGGCCCUCUCCAUUAUUCCCUUGGCUAUAUUGGCAUAUAGCAGGACUACCACCUCCUUCUACGCAUACUUUGUGAUCAGGACUCUUACUGCCAUGGUUGGUGAAGGCAGUAUAAACUGCCUUGCUCUCGCAUAUGUGGCAGACAACAUUUCAGAAGGCCAACGAGCCUCAGCUUUCGGAGUUCUAUCUGGGGUAGCAUCUGCUGCCUUUGUCUGUGGAACCCUAGCCGCCCGCUUCCUCUCCACUGCCUCCACCUUUCAGGUUGCCACCCUUGUAUCGAUGAUUGCAACCAUUUACAUGAGAGUUUUCCUCAAGGAGACUUUCCCCAAAGGCGAUUCUUCACAGGCAUUAUUGAAAAAGGAACCGGGUAUGAGUCCCGACGACGGCAACUCAUCGGAGAAGAUACAGACCUUCAAGAAAAUUCCAUCUAUUGGAGACCUGAUCAGCUUGUUGAAGUGCAGGGCGGCAUUUUCACAGGCUGCAGUUGUCGUCUUCUUCAACGGUCUUGCAGAGGGUGGCCUCCAGGCCUCACUGUUGUACUUCUUGAAGGCUCGGUUUCACUUCAACAAAGACCAGUUUGCAGACAUAAUGCUAAUCGUCGGGGUCAUGGGGACCAUUUCACAACUGCUUUUCAUGCCCUUGUUGGCACCUCGAGUAUCAGAAGAGAAGUUGCUCUCUAUAGGGCUCUUCAUGGGAUGCACAAACAUAUUUCUCAACAGCAUAGCUUGGUCAUUCUGGGUCCCAUAUGCCAUUGCUGCGUUGGCUGCUUUUGCAGUAUUUGCUAACCCUUGUGUACGAAGCAUCGCAUCGAAGCAAGUAGGCCCCAAUGACCAGGGGAAGGCUCAAGGCUGUAUAUCAGGCAUAAGUUCCUCAGCCCAGAUCAUUUCUCCCUUGAUCUUUAGUCCUCUAACAGCUCUAUUCUUAUCUCAAGGAGCACCAUUUUAUUUCCCUGGUUUCAGUAUCAUGUGCAUUGGAUUUGCUUCGAUGAUCGCCUUCAUUCAGAGUACUAUGAUAAGGGCUGUUCCUCCUAUUUCAAGUCAGCCAACCAGCAACAGCAACUGCAUCGAGGCCUAGUUCCAAAUAUUUGUAUGGUCUACUACUACAUGUAAAAGGAGAAGCUUCUUCCUAAUCCUUAUACUGCUCAGUAAGCAAAUCUUAUUCCUCGAAAGCUCUAGCAGAAACCUGGAAAAACAGCUACCAGAAGCUAAAAUGAACUGAAGUACUACAACAGGUUGCACUUUGACAUGGAAGAAGCACCCUAGAGGAAGAACCUAGGGAAGAAACCAACCUGGAAGGUAUAAAUAACUAUGAAUCCUGCAAUCAUGUUACUAUAGAAAGACUAGCUUUGGCCCCUAAACACAAUUGUAAUCUCGAUAAUAGCCUAGUUGGCUACGAACUCAACCUUUAAAAUGAGCUGUCCAUUGGCUUUGAGAAGAGAGCAUAUCAUAUUACUGUAUCUUAUUAUUAUGAGCAAACCAUGGUCUCUCUUUACCCUC